AUGCCCUUCUCACGCUCGUUGACCAUCGUCGGGUGCCAUUCCGAAGGCGAGGUUGGGGAUGUAAUCACCGGUGGAGUUCUGGAUGUGCCAGGAAAGACCAUGUACGACAAAUUGGUACAUUUUGAGACCAAAGAGGACAGCCUUCGACAGCUCCUUCUGAACGAGCCCCGAGGCAGAUCUUCGAUCAACACCAAUCUUAUUCUCCCAGCCUGUGAUCCUCGUGCAGAUGCUGGGUUCCUGAUCAUGGAGAGCGAGGAGUAUGCCCCAAUGUCUGGGUCCAAUACAAUUUGUACGACCACGGUGCUUUUAGAAACCGGGAUGAUCUCAAUGAAAGAGCCAUUCACUGAAGUGACUUUGGACACCGCUGCUGGACUCGUGACCGUCACUGCCGAGUUCACGGUACCUGGAAUUGGAGAGGUAUCUGUUGACAUCGCAUAUGGUGGCAUGAUGUAUGUUUUAGUCGAUGCAGCUUCGUUGGGCUUGAUGGUCGACAAUCAACAAUCUCCCCAGCUAAUAGAAAUCGGGGAGCGUAUCAAACGCGCCGUGGAAGCGGCAUAUACACCCAUACAUCCUGAGAAUUCUGGAAUCAAGGGAUUCAGCGUGUUGGAAUUCACCGAGCCUCUGAAAAUUGAAGACGGAUUCAAGGUAGCAUCAAAUGCAGUUGUUGUUUCUCCGGGGCGAUUUGAUCGUAGCCCCUGUGGCACAGGGACAUCUGCACGUCUAGCAGUGCUGCAUGCUAGAGGCGAAAUAAAAGAGGGAGAGAUAUUCAAACACCGCAGCAUCAUUGGUACUGAGUUUGUUAGCCGCAUUCGUGGGACCACCAAGGUCGGAGAAUAUCCGGCUGUUUUGCCUACCGUGAAAGGCCGGGCCUGGAUCACGAGCUUCAAGCAAGUCGUUCUUGACUCGACAGACCCUUUUCCACAAGGAUUUCGAGUAGGUGACCAGUGGCACAUUCCGCCAAACUAG